GUUGGAAACUUUUUUGGGGGGCGUGUUGAGGGGGGAAUGAAAAAAAUAAAUAAAUUUAAUGGCUAUGGCUAAUGGAGGAGGAGGAGGAGAAGAGGAGGAGGAGGAGGAGGAGGGAGAAGAAGAAGAAGAUGACCAAGGAGGAGAAGAACAAGAGGAGGAAGAGGAGGAAGAGGAGGAAGAAGAAAAUGACGAAGAAGAGGGGAGAGAAGAAGAGGAGGAGGAGGAGGGAGAAGAAGAAGAACGCAAGGGAGAGGAGAAGAAGAGGAGGAGGAGGAAGCGGGAGAAGAAGAAAGAAGAAGAAGAUGAAGAAGAAGACAGAGGAGAAGAAGAAGAGGAGGAGGAGGAGGAAGAAGAAAAUGACGAAGAAGAAGAAGAAGAAGAAGAUGAUGAAGAAGAGGGAGGAGAAGAAGACGAGGAAGAGGAGGAGGGGGAGGAGGAGGAGGAGGAGGAAGAAGAAGAAGAAGAAGAACGCAAGCCGAUGGCUAAGAGAGGAGGAGUAGGAGAGGAGGAGGAGGAGGAGGUAGAAGAAGAAGAAGAAGAAAAAGUGGAGGACGACUUAUGGCUAACGGGCGAGGAGAGUGACCACGGAGAAGAAGAAGAAGAAGAAGAAGCAACAAACCUGGGGGAAUGGUAUGCGAUCCGGGUGAAAGCAUUUUGGGACGGCACAGCUGACACCCAUCCAGGAACACCAUCUAGAGUUGUUCAAUAUGCAGCUCCUGAUUCUAGAAAAGGUGAACCGCGAGCUGUCUGGCAUAUCAAUGACGAAGACUGCAGCUUCCGCACGCAGCCAUUCCGUAUCCGGUUCUCAAGACAGGAUGUGGCCCUCCAGGAAAUGCUGGCGUUCGACCUCCUUGUGGACGUCAACCGUGGGCCAUUUGCGACAGCUGUGAUGCUUCAGUUUGAGCUUCUGUUUGCACAACAUGACAAGGAGGCGCCAAGUGACAGACCCCCAGAACACUUGGAAACAGUGUCGACGCAGUACUAUAGACUGAUGCCAACUGCCUGCUUCGGCAUACAUCGACACUGUCCUCUCCUCUUCGACACAUGGCACAUGGCACUCAUCGACGUCAAUAUCCACUCUGUUCUUCGUGCUGAAUAUCGAUAUCCAAAGCCAAAUGAGGAGGGACAAAGGUCGGAAGGGACAGACGAGAAAGAACAGGGCGAUCGGCAGGGUAGUUGGGUUGGGGUGUCGACGUCGGGCGCAACAGUCCAGAAAGCGACAAGCUAUGGGCCGUGUUCGCGAGAUGGACGUAUUAUUGGCGAUAUAACGAGUGCCGGAACCACACCGAGCCAGAAAGUAGCAGAGGAAAUCUCAUCACUGUGGAAGGAGUUCCUUUAUUUUCACAGGGAGAUCCGAAGUCGAGUGCGUGUGAACAGUUGGGUGAACACAGUGUUGGACAGAGGACGUGUGGGCACUCAGGCGCCAUAGCCAGUUGGAAACAAAUUUGUAACUGAACU